AUGGCCGACUUUAUUGGUAUGACCAUUAGUGUCACUUUGCAGCAGCCUCCCGGCGCUGUUCUGGUUGGCCGCGUCGCCCAUGUCAUCGCUGGCCAGACACUGGCCCUGGAGAACGUCUUCUUCCCGCAAUCUGGCAAUUCACUGCCCUCGUACAACGUGCCCGCCCACCUGAUCCAGGACCUGCAAGUCGUCGAGACCAACUUCGAGGCCCACUCCAAGCCUCACACUCCUGCUGCAAACAUCUCUGCCUCGCGUGGUGCCGCCCAAUUCCCGCCUCCUCUCCCUGUCCCUGCUCACGACGCGCGCGUCGAGAGCCUUCUGGCCAAGAAAACUCCUUCCUUUGUCGACCCAGCUAUCCUCAGCUUCUCCAAGUCUCCUGCGCCUGCUNNGCUCGCAGUCAGCCUCCACCACCAUCCCUCCUACAGCAACCUUCAGCUCCUGUUACACCUAGCAAGAAAGCUCUGUCUGCUGCCGCUGCAGCUCUUCCACCCACAAACACCUCUCCAUUCGUCGCCCAUGCCGCUGAGCCAUCCACCACACAAGAGCAGNGAUUGUGCCGAAGACAAUGCCGCUCAAUCGGCCAAGAAGACAAGACGCGGCAGAAGGGGUCCAAGAACAAUCCAGGUCCCUCUGGCUGCAGCCACCGAGGCACAAACCGUUAAAGAAACCCUGUCACCUAACGUCUCGCGCAAUGGAAACGACAUGACUAUCACUGCAAGCACCAACAAGAAGGGCUGGCGAUCCACUCCNCUGCUCAAGGAACAUACAUCAGCUGCAUUUGCGGCUUCAAAAACCAAGAAGAAGGCAAAGCGCCAACUCAAUGGACUCGGAGACCAGAACGGCUGGGCUACCGAAGAAGCAACAGACAUUCAAGACAUGGGUGACUUUGACUUUGAAGCCAACCUCUCCAAGUUCGACAAGAGAACCGUCUUUGAUCAGAUCCGUAACGAGGACACGACCGCAGACGAGGAUAGACUGGUUUCGCACAACAGACUCGCACGACCUGGCACAUACGGAGGCAAGAAUCUGCAUCCGACAGAAAACGUCCUCUCUCCAACCCUGAAGCCUAAGCAUCACGGAAGCGAACUCGAGUCUUCGUCAGAUGCCGAUACAGAGCUCAACUUUGGCAGUGGCCCCAACUCGAGACGUGCUCCUUCUCGUACAUCAAACAAGCGCCCUUCGCGCAUGAGCAACAGCGGCCUACCGGAAGAUAUUCUCCAUCCUCUGGCUGCUUCGUUAGCUUCGACUGCUCUCAACCGCUCCAUGAGUUCUCUACGAGGCUCUUCUGUUGUUGCGUCCUCGCCUAACCCUAACCGUGCUCGCUCUCCUCCAUCUGUGCAAUCGCCCCUGCAUUCUUUGAAUCAGCUCAGCCUCGCUCAACAAGCUGCUGCUGCCCCUCGACCCCAUUUCAAGACACCAAAGUCAAAAUACCCCUGCUCGCUAUACCACCCCGAUCGUCUACGACAAGCCGAAGCUGAUGCAAUCUCAAACAUUGGCAUCAGCGCCGACGCCAUCACUGAAAAUGCUGCCCGCGGUAUCGCAGAGAGUGUUCUAACCAGCACCCUUAAGCCCGGUGCAUCCCGUCGCAACUCAAAAAUCGCCAGCAAUCUACCCAACUCAAACUCGAAACCAGUGGUGGUCGUUCUCGCUGGCAAUCAUGUGACUGGUGCUCGUGCAAUAGCCAGUGCACGCCACCUCUACAGCCGCGGUUUCAAGGUGCUCAUCUCUGUCCUCGACUUCUCGAACCCCAGCGUCUGGCAUCCACAGCUCGCCAAGCACAUUCACUCGUUACAGGCACUAGGUCGCAAAGCCGCACGUAUAGAAGGCUGGCGCAGCACAUCAGGCCAAAUCAAGAAACUCGAAGGACCUCCUGUCAUCAUCGUCGACGCUCUGCUAGACGGCCAACGCCAUGCCGAUAUUCGUGAUGAAGACCUCCGCGCUGAGGCUCGCGAGAUGAUCGACUGGGCAAACCGAUCUCGUGCAGGUGUUGUCAGCAUAAAUAUUCCAUCCGGCUUCGACAACGUAGACGGAAGCUCGAGUAUUGUGGAUGGCGAACCCCUUGCUAUCCGCCCUGAAGCUGUGCUUGCUCUAGGUGUCCCGGUCUUGGGACUGCUCGAAGCUAUUCGAGAGGGUGAAGGUAGUGCCUGGGUGGUCACGGCUAUAGACACUGGUGUCAAUGUCGUUCUCAGUGAUCGCGAGAAGGUCCAAUUCGGCUUGGACUGGAGCGUCAAUCUACGUUUUGUGUCUGGUGAAGCACAAGCAUAG